GGAAUUGCCAGUGCAAUGGACUGGGGGAGGGUGCCAUUUCUUGACAAAUGUGCUCUCCAAGUGGUUAAGACUGAAGGGGUGGCUAGGAUGGAUUACUCCCUAGCUACCAGAAUCCUGCUGCUGGGACUGGUGGUUAUUUCUGCUACACAAGCAGAAGUGACUGAGAACAAGACCCGGAUAUGCCAGCCUGCACCACUAUGGAAGAUCAAUGGGACUGCCCCAAUGGCUGGGAUGGAGGGGCAAGUGACAGUGGUGGCCUUGCUGAAAGCCAGCUGACCUUUCUGCCUCAAGCAGGCUGCCAACAUUGGUGGCUUGCAGAAGAAGCUGUCCAACGAAGGGGUGGCCAAUGUCAGCUUCCUGAUUGUGAAUGAGAAGACCCCUUUAUCCAGGGCUAUGUACUGGGAGCUUAAACGAAAUGCCCCUCAAGGCAUUCCUGUUUACCAGCAACAGAUCCUGGAACCUGAUGUCUGGCAGAUUCUAGAUGGGGACAAGGAUGACUUCCUGAUUUAUGACAGGUGCAGCAGGCUCACUUUCCACAUCCAGUUGCCAUACAGUUUUCUGCACUUACCAUAUGUUGAAGCAGCUGUGCAUUACACACACCGGAAAGACUAUUGUGGCAAUUGUUCCCGGUACUAUUCUGAGAGCAGCCAGGAGGUGAACAGCACAGCAAAUGCUCAAACGAUGACAACAACUGAAGCUCCCAUGGUCAUAGAGAAAAUCCUUCCCAAGCACAAGCAUGAAGAAAAGCAAGGCGAACAUAACACUGAUUAUAUAGCCCACCAAUAUUCACAGCAUGGAGAACCUAGCAGAGAGAUAGUUUUACAUUUGCUCAGUACAGACCAUCCAUUUCACCACUCUCAGAGCUACUCAAAGAAGCUCCAUGCAGGUGAACCCUAGUAAAAUAUAUCCAAUUACAUAGAAAUAAACCCAUAAACAAACAUUUAGGCAUACAUAUACAUACAUAUACUUUUAAAAAACUCACUUACCGUGUGCAAGCAAUUAAAAAGAAUAAAAUAAAAACUCACCAACAGAGAAGAAGUUCCAUUUUCAGCAAGUCAAGGAAACAAUAUCCUAAUUCUGUGCCUAGGAAAAGAUGGACCAUCUAGAUAUCUCUUUGAUAGCAAAGUAUAACACAGCCUUUUGAUUUUUGGUGUUUAUUACUGGAAGGUAUAGCCAGGGUCUUUGAUGAGAGCAACCCCCUCAUUUUGAAUAUUUUGGCACAAAUUCAUUCAUUCUGUUCCACAAAAGCAAGGGUGCAAUUUAUCUCAAACUCCGACAUCUUUUUAGGAUUUCUGGAUUUUCUGUUGAGGUUUGGCUCAAGUAACCUUCUUGCCUUCUGUCAAAACACUCAGGCGUUAGUCUUCUCUUCUGUUGGAAAGCUAGUUUUAAUUCCCACUUCCAUUUGCUUUUUUUGCUUUUUUGCACUUAAUGAAGCAUGUGGUGUAAACUAAAAUAUUUUAGUCACUGCAAGCUGACACUUUGCAGAAAGGUUUUUAAACAAGUGGAAGUAUGUGAUCAGUAGGAGGGUGGCUAAGUCAUCAAAGAAGGCUAAUUUUGACCUGGAACCUAAUGCUUUGGACAUUAAUGGAGCUUGAAGACUCUGACAUUUGUUUUGUUGUAUGGAAAGAACAGCUGGGAAGUUUGGGAUAAUGGAGAUGGGAUGGGAUAUAAAUAUACUAAACUUGCACAUUUCAGGGAGGUUUAGGAAGAAGCUGGAGUAAGCGAUUAUGUGUUGAGUUGAUCAACAAAGAAAACCAAUCUGUGCCAAUUAUACCAGAGAAUUAAAAUGAUUAAAUGCAGUAAAUCUGUAUCCUAGGGGAAAUUAUGGAAAUAAAAUUUCUGAAGUGUA